AGUUAAUGUUUUCUCUCAUAUUGUCCGGUGUGGGAGGGAACCUUCUGCUCUGUUGGCCCCCAUCACGUGACUCCCGGUCCGACCAAUGGGUGCCGCCUCUAGCUUUAACUAUGUUUAAUGUCAGAUUGCAAUAAACUAGAAGCUGUGUUGGUCGGGCCCGCGGAAAUGGGCGAUCAUAGUCUUCUUAAUCCCGGCUUUGUGGGACCACUGGUGAACAUCCACACGGGAGACGCCUUCUACUUUCCCAAUUUCAGAGCAGCUGCUGGAGGGCAGCUGUCCGGGCUGCCGUCUCUCCCAUACCCGCGACGGGACAAUGUCUGCUCGAUACCUUGGGCUUCCUCCGAGCCCUGCAAUGGGUAUGCCCAGUCUUACCUCGGCAGCCCAAUGCCCAUGAAUCCUUCCUUCAACCGAGCCUGCGAUUUAGCCAGACCGGAGGAAGGCAAGUGCUAUUACAACAGCGGUAGCGUCAGCAGGGAAGCUUGCUCGGAGAACGGCACCCUCAAGCGAGAGGACCGGCUGAGGGACAGCUCCAUAGCCCCAGACCAUGCAGGGCUCCAUAACGGCGUCAGCGGGUUCUCCAAGUACGAUUACCCGGGAGUCGAGGCUCUGACCCAGGACCCCCCUUCAUGCCAGUCCCUGGAAUCCGAUUCGAACUCGUCUCUGCUCAACGAGGGCGUCAAAAACUCAGAACCUCCGACCCUGUCAUCCACGAACACCCACGCAAUGUCCACGAGUGGGGGAGCGCCCUGGUACCCGAUGCAAACCCGCACCCGAAAGAAGCGAAAGCCCUACUCCAAGCUUCAGCUAGCGGAACUGGAGAGCGAGUUCGUGCUGAACGAGUUUAUAACCCGCCAGCGGAGACGGGAGCUGUCCGAGCGGCUCAAUCUCAGCGACCAACAGGUGAAGAUCUGGUUUCAGAACCGGAGAAUGAAGAAGAAGAGACUGCUAAUGAGAGAGCAAGCUUUGCCUUUCUUUUAAAACUUAAAAAAAACAAACCGAGCCGAACCGGCGAGCUGGGCUAGUUGCAGUAUACUGUGAGAUGACUGAAGUAUACCGAGGCUAUUUUGUAUUGUUAUUGUAAAGCACGUAUUCAUCCCUAUGUAACAAAAACACAAUACCAGCAUAAAUGAAUGAAUGUGAAGGCAAUUAAUGAAGAAAAAACACAUUGCAAGACAGAAAAGAAAACUGGCCGUUUAAAAAGAUUGCGUUUAUCUAAUGUGUUUCUAUUAUUAUUAUUAUUACAGUGAUGUUCCCCGUGAAUGAAGCAAGCAUGCAUUGAAAUUGUGCAGGAGUAACACGCGCGGGGUCUCUGCAUCAAUCCCCCCCCCCCCCCCCC